UUUGAUAAUUCUCAAAAGAAAUGUUCAGCAAAUGUUUUUUUUAUUUGGUAAAAACUAAAAUGGUUUUCUGGAAUCAGUAAAAACUACUAGAUAAAGUUUCAUAUAUAGCUAGAACGGCAUUAAUAAAUUAUAAUGUUUUUGACAAAUGUGUUACUGAAAAAAGUAAAAUCCAAGCACACUAUGGUGCUAAUGGAAAGCAUGGUAAGCGGUCACAAGUACAACGUAUUCAGGGAACGUUUAGCAGACAAACUAGAACUUGUACAUUUCGACCCUUGGAUUGGCCAAAUGUCCGUCUACAAGGAAAGGAAAAAAAUAAGAAGUGCAAAUGUUAAGAGAUUCACAGAGCCUACAUAACAGUCAAGCAAUUAUUUGUAUAAAUUAUUCAUAGAAUGUAGAAUAUUUUUAAGCAUUUAUAUUAUCAAAUUCUAGAAUAUAUAACCUUAAUUUUACUAAAA